GAAUGGUCACGUGGCUUUGCUUUGUCGUAUCGUGUGCACUUGGACUUCUCCGUUUAGUUCUCAGUUCGUCCCUGUGCACAAAUAUGCCAGGAAAACGCAUAAACCAGAUUCAGGCUCUGCACGGCUAACUUCCCGACUCCACACCGUUUAAAUUGGACUGCUGCUGCUUGACCAAGAGUCUUUCCAUUAGCGUCUGCUAUCCAUAUCUUGCAAAAAGGGUUUUUUCAACAUGGAGAUAGGCAUUAGAAGGUUUGGUCUUGACAAAAAAGUUCCACAGUUUUCAUGGAAUUCACAAAUCUUGGAUUGGACAGCUAUUCAUAAACUUCCAUUUACAGUUAGUGCCCAAAAUUGCCGGACUAAUUAUCCAAACCUUACUCACUCGCGUCUUGCUUCAACCGGGAAGGAUAGACCGAGCCACAUAUUCCCAAUAACAGACUCCUUGCCUGUUGAUAUGGAGCAAUCUUCAUCGCUGCAGUCAGAAGAUUAUUCGGAUGAUGAUGCAUCUAAUUCUAAGGACUCGCCGGCAGAGCUUCUUGCUCAACCAUUGAGCAGUGAUGAGUUGAAGACGCUGCUGGUUGAUUCUGAAAGAGCGAGGUUGGUAAGCAAAUUAAGUGAAGCCAAUCAACAAAAUCGUAUCCUCAAACGCCAGCUGCAGGACCAGGAGGCGACUUUGGUUAACUUUAAAAGUGAACUUGCUGUGAUGGAACUUGAAGUUCAGGCUUUAGCCACACUGGCUGAGGAAAUAGCUAAAGGUAGCAUUCCAGAAGGUUCAAGGAAGAUAAACGGGAAAUACAUUCAAUCUCACCUUCUUUCACGCCUAGGAGUUCUACAUGAGAAAUUGGAAGAGCAGAUAAAGGAUGUGGAGGCUGCACGGUCCAAGGGUGUUAAGUUAUUCUGGAGUGGAAUGGCAGAGAGUGUACAAGUGAUGGGUUCCUUCGACGGUUGGAGUCAAGGGGAGUACUUAUCUCCAGAAUAUGAUGGUUCAUUCACCAAGUUCUCCACAACAUUGAUGCUUAGACCUGGAAGGUAUGAAAUCAAGUUCUUGGUAGACGGAGAGUGGCAACUGUCUCCAGAAUUCCCCACUGUUGGUGAAGGAUUAACAGAGAAUAACUUUAUCAUAGUUGAGUAACUCCAGGUUUCAUUUCCCAUAUCGUUAUAUGUUGAGCAGAUCUGUGUAUAAUUCUCUACUUUCCUGGACUACCUUCUCUGAUAUUUUACUCUUAUCAGAUUAAUUUUUUUCCCUUUCGUCUGGUGAAUAGUAAUCCGGGGAAGCUUUAUUUUCCCUUUUUUUAUGACGAGAAAAUCAUAAAAGCUGUGUCUUUAGUGGAUCAAAUCUUUGUUA